AUGGCUAAAUACGACAUUGCUAUGCGUGCUGUUGUUAUUACAAUGAAAGCGCUUGGUAUACCGCCUCUUACAAUCUCUGCUAUGACUGGUAUACCCACUCGAACGAUCAAUACUAUCUGGGACCGCGCUAUUGAGCGAGGGUUUAACCCUCGUCAGCAACCCUUGAUAGUAACUGACGCUUACGUCGCUGAUGCCCCUCGUUCUGGUCGCCCAAAGAAGCAGACACCUGAGCUAGUAGCUACAGUGCUUGCGAAGGUUCGACGUGAUCGCUAUGGGCGUGAGAAAACCUACGCUGAUAUUGCUAGCGAGCUAUCUAAUAUCUCGGCUAUGACUGUGUGGCGUGUUCUACGGAGCUCUGGUCUUAAAAAGACUAAACCAACGCGAAAACCUAGUUUAACAGCGCGAAUGCGCACUGAAAGACUAGCUUGGUGUCUUGAGCAUCGACACUGGACACUAGAGGACUGGAAAAACGUGAUUUGGACUGAUGAAACCUCUGUUGUCCUACUACAUCGUCGUGGAAGCUAUCGGGUAUAG